UCUUUGAAGUGGAAAAAUCAUGGGGUCGCUUCAUCAUCAGCACGAAGCUCAGCCUCGGCUUCAAGAUCUGAACGUGAAAAUCCAGCAGAGGUCGAUGGUUUUUCCAUCAAAGCCAACCCAGAAAAGAUCCUUGUUCUUAUCAAACAUAGACAGAGUCUUAAACUUCGACGUAGAAACAGUUCACUUCUUUGCGUGUCGAAAGGAUUUUCCGGCGGACGUUGUGGCGGACAGGUUGAAGAAGGCACUAGCCGAUGCUACGGUGGCUUAUGAUUUCUUUGCAGGAAGAUUGAAGAUAAACAGUGAGGCAGGUAGGUUGGAGAUAGAGUGCAAUGGCGCAGGAGUUGGGUUCGUGGAGGCUUCUUGUGACUACGAAUUGGACGACAUGGGAGACUUGACGUAUCCUAAUCCAGCUUUUGCACAGUUGGUUCACCAGAACAAGGAUUACCUCAAACCAGGCGACCACCCUCUAUGCGUUGUCCAGGUGACAUUCUUCAAGUGUGGCGGCUUUGCGAUGGGCUUCUCCACCAGCCACACCACCUUCGACGGCCUGAGCUUCAAGACCUUCCUGGACAACCUCGCCGCCCUGGCCGCUAACAAGCCCUUGUCUGUCACUCCCUGCCACGACAGGCACCUCCUAGCCGCUCGAUCCCCUCCACGAGUCACCUUCUCCCACCCCGAACUGCUCAAGCUCGGCACCAGCCUCCCCGACACCGACCCUCACACGGGCGUCUUCCAUGCCUCCUCCGAGGAUCUCGACUUCAAGAUCUUCCGGCUCACCUCCGACGACAUCUCCUCCCUCAAGGACAAGGCCAAAUCCGCCGAGGGCAGCCCGCCCACCGCUCGCAUCAGCGGCUUCAACGUCAUCACCGCCCAUGUGUGGAGGUGCAAGGCCUUAUCUGCAGGCGACGACCCUAACCGGUCGUCGACCAUACUCUACGCGGUGGACAUACGGGGGAGGGUGAACCCUCCGCUGCCAAAAUCAUACGCGGGGAACGCGGUGCUGUCAGCGUAUGCGACGGCGAGGGUGAGAGAGCUGGAAGAAUGGCCGUUGGGGAAGUUGGCAGAUAUGGUGAGGGAGGGAGCGAUGAGGAUGACGGACGAGUAUGCGAGAUCGGCGAUUGACUGGGGAGAGAUGUACAGUGGGUUUCCGAACGGGGAAGUGCUGGUGUCAUCGUGGUGGAAAUUAGGUUUUGCAGAAGUGGAGUACCCAUGGGGAAAGCCCAAGUAUAGUUGUCCAGUGGUAAACCACAGGAAGGAUAUCAUACUCUUGUUUCCUCCCAUUGAAGGAGAAGGUCACGGCGUGAAUGUGCUGGUGGCUUUACCGCCUAAGGAAAUGGACAAGUUCCACGGCCUCUUCUACAAGUUGAUGGUUUCUGAAGACUGAUUUUACGGGGAGGGCUCUAGGGUUUACUUAGCUCCUAUGUGUGUACGUAUGUAUGUAUACAUGCUUGGUUAAUAGUGAUAAAUUACAUAUUGGCGUAUUUACUUAAAUUGAUGCAAUCAAUUUAUUUCUAA